AUGAUCCAGGCAUUCUUACAGCGCCUGGCCCGCUGGCUGGACCGGCCGCUCUUCCCGUGGAGGAAGCUGGUCGUCGGCUUCUCGCUCGCUGAGUUUGCACUCGAAAACUGGCUGCUCUUCCGCCAAUACCGCGUCUUGCAGCGCACUACUGUUCCCAAGGCUCUUGACAAGGAGAUUGAUCAGGAAACGUUCAUCAAAUCCCAGGCAUACGGCCGCGCAAAGGCCAAGUUCAGCUUCGUCUCCGCUCUCUUCAACCAGGGCAAGCACCUCGCUACCCUCUAUUUCAACAUCUACCCGAUCCUCUGGAGCGUCGCCGGCUCGCUCAUCGUCCGCUAUGCUCCCGCCAGCCUUUCCGGCGAGAUCCCUCGGUCGCUACUCUUCAUAUACCUCAUGACCUGGGCCGAGACCAUCAUCGGUCUGCCCUUCUCGUAUUACCACCAUUUCGUCCUCGAGGAGAAGUACGGCUUCAACAAGAUGACUAUCAACACUUGGGUCACGGACAUGAUCAAGGGCCAGGCUCUCGGCCUUGCCUUCGGUAUCCCGAUCGGUAGCGCUUUCCUCGCCAUCAUCAGGAAGACCGGCCAGAACUUCUUCUACUACCUGUGGGUCUUCAUGCUGGCUGUACAGAUUCUCGGCAUGACCAUCUACCCGAUCCUCAUCGUCCCGUUGUUCAACAAGCUCGAGCCUCUCAAGCCAGGCAAGCUCAAGGACUCGGUCGAAGCGCUCGCCUCGAAGCUCGAAUUUCCCCUCUCCGAACUGCAGGUCAUCGACGGCAGCAAGCGCAGCGCACACAGCAACGCUUACUUCACCGGCCUGCCGUGGAUCGGCAAGAAGAAGAUUGUCAUCUUCGACACGCUGCUCGAGAAGAGCUCUGACAAGGAGGUCGAGGCUGUUCUUGGGCACGAGCUCGGUCACUGGAAGAUGAACCACACAUCGCGGAUCUUGUUCAUUGCUCAGGCGCAUCUGUUCUAUACCUUCGCGCUGUUCUCCGUCUUCAUCAACAACCGCUCGCUCUUUGCAGAUUUUGGUUUUCACAGGGAGCAGCCCAACAUUAUUGGGUUCAUACUGUUCAACGAGAUCCUGUCGCCUACAGAUGCGCUUUUCAAGCUGGGCAUGAACUUCUGGACUCGCAAGAUGGAGUACGAGGCUGACUCGUUCGCUGUUGACCUCGGCUACCGCAAGGAGCUCGGUGCUUCGCUGCUCAAGCUGCAGAUCCAGAACCUAUCGAGCAUGGACGCUGAUUGGUUCUACUCCUCCUUCCACCACUCGCACCCAAUCCUCACUGAACGCCUCCGGGCUAUGAACUGGUCCAGCAACGAGAAGCUUGUCCAGGAGAAGGCAAAGGACGAGGACAAGGCCGUGAAAGCCUCCGAUCGAGAGCUGUAA